AUGACGACUGCCCCCUCAACCACCUAUGAUCUCUUCUUCACCGGCCGUGACGACCCUCGAGCCUGCAUCGUCAUUGGCGAAGACAUUAAGCCCGUCUACUUCUCCUUCGAGACCAGGGAACGCAACCAGUUAAUGUCACCUUCCAUCAAAACAACGGUCUACAGGAACGGCAGCGAACAACUCUGCGCGACGUUGGACUGGAGUCCAGGAAACCACCUAGGGAGCGUCACCGUCGUCGGCACGAACAGACACCUCCCCAUGUCGCAUUUCGUUAUGCCCGGCUCGAGCCCAAAUGCUCGCGCGUUUGUUUCCACUGCCGAUGGCAAGCGCUAUGAAUGGCGAAGACUGCGAGAAACCCCGACGUCGUAUGAUCUCUACUCCGCCGCGAACAUCAGAAUCGCUGUGUUUCGCCGAUAUGCCCAAGCGACGGUCGUCGGCCCCUCACAUGGUCUGUUCCAGUACACCUUCAUUAACGAUCCUUUAUUGGUAGACGCACUCCUUGCCUUAUGUAUCAACCGGUGGAUCGACCUUCACGGUCUCUGA